AUGUGGAAACCGACAAGGCUAUUUCCAUUGAGUAGCAACUUGCGAGUCCUCAAACACACCCGAAACCUGUGCCAAUCCCGCACAUUGACACAAAGUAUGGAGGGCACCAAGGACCAGCCUGAUUACUCGGCCUGGACCAACGCGAGUCUGAUCGCUCGCAUCACCGACCUUGAGCGCCAGCUUCAUUCCCGCACUACGGAGUUCACAGCACCGACCGAGAACUCUGCUCAAGAGGCCGACUCCCAUGCGCCUAUUCCCGCGGAUGGCUACGAGCCCGCGAUCCCACCUCCCCAUUCUGCGCAAAACACGAAGAAGCGUCCACACUCACCCCCUGAAGGAGACAUCACUCAGGUUCCAGCGCCGUCGCGGACAGUGAAGACGAAUGCCCCGCCCAACGUUAAGCGGGAAUUUGACCCCUCCAAGUAUACGACGCGCUACAUUGCGCUGAAGUUUGCAUACCUGGGCCAGCCAUACAAUGGACUUGAACACACCAAUGGCAACAUGACUCCUCUGCCUACGGUGGAAGAGAUAAUUUGGAAGGCCUUGCGCCGUACUAGGCUCAUCUUCCCCGAAACCACCUCUGACCUGGAGCCGACCGAUCGCGAGCGCGUCCCCAUGCGCCCGUACCAUCUUUACUGGGACGGGGUUGAGUAUUCCAAAGCAGGCCGUACAGAUAAGGGAGUCAGUGCCUUCGGGCAGGUCAUUGGGUUGAGGGUACGCAGUCAGAGACCCAAGCCUAAGCCCCCUGUCGAAGGCGAAGAAGAUGCCAUGCAGGUCGACUCUACUACCGAAAAAGAGUGGGAUGAUGUAGCCGAUGAGAUCAGCUAUCCAGCUGUUUUGAACAGAGUGCUUCCGGAAGAUAUUCGAGUUCUAGCUUGGUGUCCCAAUCCCCCUCCUGGAUUUGAUGCCCGCUUCUCCUGCCGUGAACGCCGGUACAGGUACUUCUUCACCAACCCUGCAUUCUCCCCAACUCCUGGAUCUAUCGGAUUUGAAAACCGCGCACAAAACGGAAAUGGGCCACGGUCUAAAUUCCGCGAGGGCUGGCUUGACAUUGAGGCCAUGCGCGAGGCAGCUAAGCAUUUCGAGGGUGUCCAUGAUUUCCGAAACUUCUGCAAGCUGGACGUCAAGAAGCAGAUCGAAAAUUUCGAGCGCAUCAUCCAUCAUUCUGACAUUGAGGCUGUCAACCCCAAGACCAGCCCGUUGGGAUUCGUUGGAAAACCUGGCUUCCAGGCUAAGGAGGAUGCUCAUCCCGAACAAGACCAGGUAACCCCGGACACGGUAUCCCAGAACGUUCCGCAGGUGUACUCGUUCAACCUUCACGGAUCCGCAUUCCUAUGGCACCAGGUGCGCCACAUGGUUUCGAUCCUGUUCUUGGUCGGACAAGGACUCGAGUCUCCAUCAAUCGUCCCUGAACUAUUGGAUCCUGCCAAGAACCCACGCAAGCCAACUUACUUCAUGGCCGAUGAUGCUCCUCUUGUGCUCGAGGACUGUAUUUUCCCUGACGUCGCUUCUGGUAGCCGCAAAGAUGCCUUAAACUGGGUCUAUGCUGGUGACGAUGUUGGAAAUCCUAAGGUCACCCCCAAAGGCGAUGCCAAAUUCGGGCUGCAAGGCACAGUUGAAACUUUGUGGAAAGUCUGGAGGCAGCGGAAGAUGGAUGAGAUCCUUGCUGGUGCGUUGGUGGACUUGGUCGUUAGCCAGGGAAACCAGAUUGUCGAACGGAAGGAGGCUAAAACCAAGGGUUCUUCAUCCAAAAGACCGAACAGAGGAGCUAAGACAUGGUAUGGCGGCAACGACUGCGUUGUUGGUGGUAAAUAUCUCCCUGUCGACCAAAAGGCCAAGAUGGAGACUGUCGAAGUUCAAAACGCCAAAGGACUCAAGGCGAAGCAGCGCAAGCUGGAAAGGGACGAGGCCGCGAAAGCGGCACAAGCAUGA